AUGGGCACAGCUGCAGUGCGGAUCUCUGGACCCAAGCAGGCCUACACCAGUGACUGCUUUGACCACGUGUUUGAUGAAACCGCCAGCAACGACGCCGUGUACGAACAGCACAACGGGUGUGUCCGGGCCGUCUUGGAUGGCUUCAACUACACUCUACUUGCCUACGGCCAGACUGGCAGUGGCAAGACCUACAGCAUGCUGGGACCGCCAGACCUUGCCCUGGCGGCUGCUGGGGCGCCCUGCGCGGGCUCGCCGCAUGGCGUUAUGCCCCGCGCCAUCCAUGACCUGUUCUCAGAGCUCGAGGCUCGCAACAGAGGGGGGCAAUGUGCAGACGGCAGCUCUGGCAGUGGCAGCGGCAACGUCCACGGCUGGCAGGACGUCUUCGCCAUCAUCGACGCCGGCGGCCGGAACCGCGCGACGCGUGCGACAGACUUCAAUGCCCACUCCAGCCGCUCGCACACGGUGCUCCAGCUCUGGUUGGAGCAGCGGGGGCCGUCGGAUGGGGACGGCGGCAGGGCAGGCGGUGACGGCCGGGCGGGAGCGGGGUCGCCAAUGGUUGGCAUCAGCGCCAGUGGCGGCGCCGGCGGUGGCGCUGCAGGCCAAACGGCGGGCAGGAGUGACCGCCAGCAGGGACCGGCGGCGUCCCUGCUGCGGUCAAAGCUCACUUUUGUGGACCUCGCUGGCUCAGAGCGUUGGGGGUCGCGGCACACCGGCGCUGUGGGAGCGGCUGGCAAGGGGCUGAUCAGCGAGCUGACCGGCAUCAAUACAAGCUUGUCGGCCCUAGCGCUCGUCGUGUCGGCGCUGACCAGCGGCGCCCCAGCCAAGCACAUCCCUUACAGGCAGCGUGACACGGGCGGACAACAUUCAGGCCAAUCAUCUCCCAGCUUAUUGGACCCCAAUGCGCUGCGUGCAGGGAUUCCAAGCUGA